AUGCCGAUCGUAAGCCGGACAACUGUCACGACAACUCGUACGACUGGUUUUCGAAGUUCAACAAUUCCUGUUUGGGUUAUUAAACUACUUACUGUAAUCAUUGCGUUGGUUUUAAUACUACUAGUUUAUUUACAAGACAAGGGUGUUCGUGCAAGUUACUCCACAACUUACAUUAUUAUCGCACUUACUUGUGGAUUGUUACUUGGAUGGAGUAUUGGUUCUGUCCUACAACAAAUAUUUUUCAUCAGGACUGUUGAGAUAAUAGUGAAUACAAUUUUAACAGUGCUCGCAAUUUGCUCGCUAAUUGUUGCGGUGUCAUUCUUAUUGGAAAGGAGUGACUGGAGCCGUUAUGAAAGUUAUCGGUUGAUGGUCGGGACAGCUGUCUGCUUCCUAAUACAAUCAAUUGUUUGCAUAAUGAUGCUGUCUUGGGCAUUUUAUGGAAAUCUCGUUAUUGUUGAAAGCCGCUGA